AUGGCUAUUUCCUCAUCCUCUUGCUACUCGCUUGUCCUAAAUACUGAAACAAAAACGUUACUUUGCCCGGUGCCAGGAUGCAAAACUCGUCUCACGUCUGGAACGCGUUUAUGUGAUGAACAUAGUGUUGCGAUAUUACAAGAAAGGAAGGAUCUCCCAAAUCUUAGCAUAAUCAGACUCCCAACCUCUAAUACCAACGAAUUUGUCACGUUAUUCCCACUCUCGAAAUCUUCAGAGCGAUAUACCUCUCUAGUAACUUCAAUAAUGAAUGACUGGAAAAAGCAAAAUGUGACUGAUUUAAAAAUCGAAACAAUUGCCGAGAUUCAUCCAAGUCCAAGUCAAACCAAAACUUUCAACGAAUACAAGACAAUGAUAUUGAAUACGAGAAAUGAUGAUGAUGAUGUCAAAGAUAACGUUUACAAUCAUAAUAAAGUCAUGGCACUUUAUCACGGAACUCAUCAGCAUUGUGAUCCACUUCUCACAACAGAAAACGGUCAACUGCAAUCCAAUUCUCAAGUAUUAUGUGGAAACUCUAAUUGUGGCGUUUGUGGUGUCAUUUUAAAUGGAUUUGACCCUAAUAAAAUUGGACAAAAUGCACGCGGCGAAACUUUUCAGAGGUUGGGGAAAGGAUUUUAUUUCGCUCCGCACCCGUCGAAAGCGCAUUAUUAUUCACGUGGCGCGCAAAAGUGCCAUUCUAAUGAUCCUACGCGAAAAACGCAAGUUUUACUUCGAUGUCUCGUCGCGGUUGGAAAACCAUAUCACGAGAAUGUUGUUCAGCCAAAAAAAACCGCGCCUCCUGAAGGAUAUGACUCGGUUUAUGGUGCCAUAGGCACUUGCAAAUCACGUGGACACGGACCUUUAAAUUGGCCUGAGUAUGCUGUGUAUGAUCCAAGGGCUGCAAUUGCCGUUGAUUACAUUGUGUAUAGUUAUACUUCAACUUCAGAAUUUUGA